CUCCUCCACCUCCUCCUCCUCCACCUCCUCCUCCUCCUCCUCCUCACACCUUUUGGUCAGAAGAGGAAGAGGAAGCCCAGCCCAGGGAGAGACGCUGAGAGGAUGAAACUCUGACACGCCGACAGACCACAGGGAAACAAGAGCACAACUAUAAUUGCUAGAAGGCAGCGCCCAGGAAGGUCAGCCAAGAAUCCCGCCGUAGGUGCCAAAGUGAAAUCUACAGGACUACAAUUACUUGGACAGACUGAGGCGGCAGAGCAAAGUGAAUGACAGAAACUGAUUGGCAUAGUGUGGCAUUGGCAUUGGACUUCACUCUGAGCACCAGCAACAAGUGAUUUCUCCUCUUCUCAACACCUCCAGCCUCUGACAGGUUGUAUCUGACGGAGGGACCGGUGCCGCGCUCCCAUCCCCGCGCUCCUUCAACAACAACACUUGUUCGUCAGCACCUGUGGCAGCAGCAGCUAGUCGAGUGACUCAGCUUCAGCCCGACCGGCUUUACCUGUACAUGGAGACCCCCAGCUGGGCAGGAAACACGUUGUGUAAGUCAGGAAGCAUUGCUGUCUUCGGGAACGUGGUGUACAGCGGACUGCUGAACGAUCACCUCUGGCAUUUGGGAGUGCCCCUCUUUACAAGACUGGGUAACCAAGAGGCCACCAACCCCCCAGAAGCGAUGGCCCAGCCGUACACCCCAGCCCAGUACCCACCUCCCCCACAGAAUGGCAUCCCCGCAGAGUUUGCGGCACCGCACCCGCUCCCAACGCAGGACUACACCGGGCAGAGCCGGGUUCCUGAGCACGCCAUGACCCUCUACACGCCCACACAGACGCACAGCGAGCCGGCCGGCACUGACAACAGCACGCCUGCCAUCACCGCCACCACGACCGCACCGGUCAGUGUCCUUCAUCAUCUGCAAACACUGUUCUCAACACGCUGUCAGCAAACAGAUGAUGUGACGCAAACAGAGGGCUCUCAGCAGCUCCAGCUCCAGCACUCAGACUCUUCAGAGAAGCAGCAGCCCAAAAGGUUACAUGUCUCCAACAUUCCCUUCCGCUUCCGGGACCCUGACCUAAGGCAAAUGUUUGGGCAAUUUGGAAAGAUUUUAGAUGUGGAGAUUAUCUUUAAUGAGCGAGGAUCCAAGGGCUUUGGGUUUGUAACUUUUGAAACAAGCACAGAUGCUGAUCGUGCACGGGAGAAACUAAACGGUACAAUCGUAGAGGGACGCAAAAUAGAGGUGAACAAUGCAACAGCACGAGUGAUGACAAACAAAAAAGUGGCCAACCCUUACACGAAUGGCUGGAAGCUGAACCCAGUGGUGGGAGCUGUCUAUGGUCCUGAACUGUAUGCUGUAACAGGGUUUCCCUACCCUGCCACAGGCGCUACGGUGGCCUAUAGGGGUGCCCACUUGCGAGGUCGGGGGAGGGCUGUGUACAACACGUUCCGCACAGCUCCGCCGCCACCACCAAUCCCAGCUUACGGAGCGGUGGUGUACCAAGAUGGCUUCUAUGGUGCAGAGAUCUACGGUGGCUAUGCAGCAUACAGAUUUGCCCAGCCCACCACCACCGCUGCUUACAGUGACAGCUAUGGCAGAGUCUAUGCAACAGCAGACCCCUACCACCACACGAUUGGCCCUGCUGCCACAUACAGUGUGGGGACUAUGGCUAGCCUAUACAGAGGAGGGUACAGUCGCUUCACUCCCUACUAAAAGAAAGAAAAAAAGCGAGAAAAGACAGAGACAUUACCCCAACAAACAAACAAAAAAAACUAUCUUAAAUAAAAGAGAGAAAAAGACAAACACAAAACAAGCAAACGCCCGGUCCUUGGUGGAGAGCUAAAUCAAACUAAAAGCUUCCAGGUCCCCAUGCUGAGCCCCUCCCCUGACACCCUCUCAAGCCGAUAUUUCUACAACAACCUAUUUGAUGUCAUCAUUGGUCUGCUCUUGUUUUGUAUUCAUUUUGUGCUUUUGGUUUUCUUUUGGAAAGUUUUAUGCACAUGUGCAUUACCUUGAUUGCUGUAUAUGGGUGCUGUGUCACCAUAACCAAUGUGAGCCUACUGCAGCACGCAUGAUGCAUGCUCAGAGGUGUGUGUAUGCAGCCGCCGUCAUCUGACUAAGAAUAUACUGGGGCAUUUUUUUUAAUAAUAUAUACAUGACAAACAGGAGACAUACCAGGUCUGAUCAGGUUGACGCCGAUCACUGAUCCAUUCCAAUUAUUUUUCUAACUUUCCAUUUAACACGCAGGAAUAAAGAGCUCAGUCCACACGCUGAGUAACAUGCCUCGGUGAUUCUUAGUUCAAAGACGGCACUGCUCUGAUUGCUUUUGUUUUGGUUUUCUUUAAACGUUGGAGUGUCCUACUGUUGUGCACUUGCAGUGGAGCCUUACAAGCUGUACUAUGUGGUAUGACAGCAUGCAAAGUAAAGGGUCAUUAAGGUCAGAUUUCUGUCUUGGACUCACAAUGCUCACACUCUGGCCAAGUCUCCUGCAAGCUGCUGGAUGUUUAUAUGCAACUAUUCUGCACAGGCAGUUAUGUUUUAGGGCGACAGGUAAAGUUAGCUGGGUUGUGUUCAGGGACAAAGUCCUGUGGCGUUUCAUACAAGUACAACCAAAGGUAAAUAGGGAGGGGGGGUGUUAGGCUUUUCCCACCAGCAUCCUGGAUUUGCAUCGCUUCUCAUGGUAGCAGUGACAUUUUUAAAACUUCACAGGGCCAACUGCAAGUAAACACAGACCAAAUGAACCGUGUGCUUUUAGCUGCCUAAAAUGACUUUACUCUGAGGGGUAGCUGUCUUUCAUUACACCCUGCUUAGUAAACGGCCUUUUAACACACUUGCAGAAAAUUUGUAAAAAAAAUAAAAUAAAAAUUCCACACUUUAUAGGGUUCCUCCUGAAAUCACAGAAGACAUUAUGCAAGUUGUUUUUCACAGGCUGAAUAGCUCUCUUAAUGAUUCAACUCAACUCCAUGUUUAAAAUUGGCAGAGUGCCCCUUUUUAAGUAGGCAUUUCUAAAAGUUGGCACAGAAUGUUUUGCAGUUUGUCAGAUUAGAGUUCUGUCUGAAAUGUUGACCUUACUUAUAACGUUCAGGUUUUUUUGUGUUAGUAGCUGUGUGUCGACUCAGUUCUGUGGUUUUAUAGCUAUAUCAGAAUGUUGUUCUUGGCUGCAACAACAGGAGCAAUAAUAUAAUGCAGUCCUUUGAAACAUCACGACAAAUUACAAUUUCAGUACAGACUGUAGCUUGUAAAUAGGAUUUAUUACAAGACUGUUGGGCUGGUUUGGUGCAAUUAGUUGAUUGUAAGGAAAGUGACAAUUUUGAUAAUUAAUCACCGAAAAUGACCAAAAGUUACUAAUUUGAGUUUUUCUUUGUUUUAUUGUUUAUCAGAUCUUUUUGUUUUUUGAUUGUCAGCUGAACAAAAAAGCAGUUUGAAGUCCUCCUGAUGGCCACUCUGAGACAUUUUUGGACACAUUUAACAGACUAACUGGGUAAUCAGUGAAACAGUUUCUAUUUGUCUGCAGUGUUUGUUUCCCUAAAAUCUAAUUGCUAAAUAGUUGCAUAUGAACUCAAUUUGCAGAAGACACGGCUGCACAUUACCACUAACACACCACGGCAGAUUAACUGUACACAAGGUGCACUAUGACAUCAAACAGUUUCCACAUAAACUCACAAACACACACACUCAGUAAUGACACAGCACCAAGGUGGGUGAACCCGACAGAGGGCUGUUCCGCUACGUGUCACCGGUCUCUUUUUUAAGCAUUGCACAAAAUGUUUUACCUCAGGAUAAGCUAACUGAAACUCACAAACUAGAAUACAGUGCUAUUCACUUCUCAGCAGGCAGGAUAGUUUCAUUUCUAACACAACCAGCAGGUUUGUCCUCUUUGCAACACAGCUUUCUACAAGAGAUGAUUUUUGUUGAAGCAGAGACCCCGAGAGAGGAUGAUAAAAUAAGACUGUACUGUUCUUUAUUAAAGCUACUGUAUUAUAUAUAUAGACAUAUACUGUAUAACUAAUUUUACACUGCAUACACACACAAGUACAGUUAGAUAUUAUAUAAAAGCACCCAGGAGUUAGGAGACAUGAUGUAAAUGUGUGUAGAGUGCAGCAGUGCUCGCCUCUUAGUCGACAUACAGUGGUUGCAUUGGCUUCUAUUACAACUUUGUGCUACGUGAGGUGGAUUGAAAAAGAAAAUCUCUGUGUAGCUGUUAGCUGUCAAGAUUUCAGUGCAGCUAUGGAAAUACAACUCAAAGCUAUUGCCAAUAGUAUUUAAUUUAUAUGUACUCACAAAAGUGUUUGUGGUCUCAAAAAAAAAACAACCUCUUGUUUGUUGCACUUUAUUUGUUUUCUGCUUUUUCAAAACUUUACGAGAUGUAACAUAUUUAUAAAAGUAUCAUAUACAGCUAGUUAUGUUUAGUCAAGAUGUUAAAAUGAUAUAGAGUAAUGUUGUAUAUCAAAAAAAAAAAGAAAAUUAACCCAUUAUCUCAGUCAAAGAAAAUCUUUAUGUGGGUAAACAAACAUCGUUCUUCCUUUUAUAUGCUAGUACGUACGCAACAUUUGGGGUUUUUAUAUGAGUCAAGAUGAACUUUGAAUAUUAUUUUUACCAUUUUCAAACAGGAGAACUGGUUUGUGCAUUUGUAGGAGUUUCUCGUAUAAACUCUGCACCAGAGUACAUGUGUGGGUGUUCAGUUAGUGACCACUAUUAGAAAGCUAGACUGGAACAAAAUAGAUUUUUUGGUUUUCUGAUCUGAAUGUGUGUGCCUAUGUGCUAUAUAUAAAUAUAUAUGCAUUAGAAUGUGUGUGUGUGUGUGUGUGUGUUCGGGAGGAGAAUGAAAGAUGAGGUGAAUGCAGUUUGCUAACGUACUGUAGUUAGCUAACAGAUUUACGUGACUUCACUCUGAGUCCCUGUAAUAACAUCACAGUAACUCUGACCUCAAAGAUAUCAGUUAUAAAUUAAAAUAAUCCAAAUAUUUUGCCAUCUCAUGUACGUCUGUACAGUGCAAUGAGGUCCAACUCAACAUCACCACAAACUGCAAUCUCAAACAUGACGGUAGAAUGUAUCACAGUAUUAGUUAUAUUAUUAGUUUACUGAAAAAAAAAAAUGUUAGUAGAGAUAACUAGAUUAGUCAUCAAGCAUCCAUCAUAUACUUAUUAUAAAUAAAAUAUCUGUUAGUGACAUAAUAUUAAUUACUAGUUUGCACUCUACAGUUUAUAAUUUGUGCUCCAAACAAAAUCAAUUAAUUACAACCACAGAAAAAAAACAAGAUUAUUCCUAUUUAAAAUUAGGAAUAGUUGAUCCAAAUGACUCGUGAUGCAUACUGUUCUACUGGACUUGUUCUUAAAGUAACAGUGUGUAGGAUUGUGUUUAGUGGCAUCUAGUGGUGAGGACUGUAAAUUGCAACCCGCUGAAACUUUUCCCAAGUGCCAAGCAUGAACUCCCAGCUCGGAUUACUUCAGUGUUCAUUGUUCAGAAGGUUUUUACCAGGAGCCAAAUUGCCUUCAGAGGUCUCUUCCCCCAAGACAAAGUGCCCAAGUGAUUUAAACCGGUAAAAACAAUGAAUAAAGCAGUUUCACAUUACAAAUCAGUGCUUCCCUGAUGCUGUUCAGCAUGUCGGAGGUGGGCUGUUAGCCUAGAACCUGCUAAUGUAUGCUCAUUGUUUUUCUCUGACAAUUUAAGAUCUAGACGUUUUCGAAGUUUUAACCUGGUGCCAAAUUAUCCGCAAGGGUUUUGUCCUACCAACACAAAUGGAGUUAAAUCAGUUAAAAUACUGAAUAAAGCAGUUUCACGUUGAAAGUCAGUCCUUUGCAAACACAGUUCGGCUCGCUGCAAAGGGGGUGCUAAAAAUGGGAAUGGUCCUAUCUGGAGCCAGCGUUUGGUUUGUCCAUGCUGGGCUACUGUAGAAACAUGACAGACUCCAUGGACGAGGACCCACUCCCUGUAUAGAUAUAAACGGCUCAUUCUAAGGUCACAAAAAUACGAUGAUUCUUAUUUUUUUGUGUAAUUUUACACUAGAGAAACAUUAUAUUAUAUUAUAUUCCAUUCCUGCCAAUACUGUAUAUCCUCCAAAUCCUACACACUGAACCUUUAAGCCCUUUAAAGUUGUUGGUAUUUGCUUUAAGUAAUUCGGCUGUAUAUUAAAGUAUUAACAUAUUGAAUGUCAACAAUCUCAUCUGCUACUCACAGAUUCUACAGAGUCUGUCAGUAUUUGUCACCUCCUCACUAACCUCCUAAAUCAGACAGUUUACUCCCAGAAAUAAAAAACAGUCGAAACUGCAAUUUAACUGUGCAUCCUGAUGUCAAAAGACCUGUUAGUCAACAGCUCAACGUAAACAGACACAAUAACAUGUUUGUGGAUGCACGUAGUACGUUCUCAUGUCAUGUUAUUACAGGGACAAGUUGGAGUAAUGUCAUGUGCAAUUGCUCCUAUCAGUCUGCACGGGUUUGUCUACAGUUUACAGAAAAAGUUAAAAUUUAGCAUUGUUUAACUGUUUCAGUGUCAGCUUAUCAUGGCUUAAAUGUUAAAGACAAAACAUGUAAAUAACUCUGGUAGUCAGUACUGUAGAGGUCUGAGACGUUUAGUUCUGCUUACAGUAUGUCAAAAGUAAUUUAAAUGUGAAUUUAUAAAAGAAACUAUUUGAUAUAUUUUGGUUUAGUUUGCCUUUGUUGUAUUCCAUAACCAGCUUAAUAUGCAACCAGACCUCUAUUUGAUCCAAACAUUUGUUUGUACUUAUCAAUAGUAGUAUUGAAAUAUGUUUACAUAUCAGCAGAAAAUAUUCUUUAUCCAUAAUUUAUAUUUAAUACAAGUAUUUACUAAGCCCUGAUAAGCUGGCAGGUGCAUUUAUUAGUCCACCUAAAAGAUUUGUACAAAAGAGAACCAAGCAAAAAAGUUACAGUACUUGUAAAUACAUUUAAAUGUAUAUACACACACUAUAUCGCAAUUCUCUGAGUAACUGUUUUAUAUGUAUUCCUAUAUGAAGUGGGGUUAUCUGUGUAUUUUCAAUUCAGCUCAACUUGUUCUUGAAUUGUAUGUAAUUUCUAUAAUGAGAAUAUAUUGUCUGAAAGGUGUAAAGUAAUUUUCUUUUGGAUUCAUUUCAUAGGUACAAGUAUACUAUUAUGACUUUUUUCUUCAUUCAUGAAUUCUUUUUGUUGUCGAUAUGUGACAUAUAAGUAAUCUCUGAUUGUUUUGAGUGUCAGAAUAAAGCAGUUAUAAGAACAUUAUGUCUGCCUUCACACAUGGAUGUUGUUGAUGCUGUUGUUGUAAGAGUUUUCCAUCAUAAUCUGAUUUUGGGUUUGUUUUUUUGUUGUUGGUUUUUUGUAU